UUAAAUUCUCACUUAUCGUAGGAGGUACCUUCUAUUCGGUGCAUCUUGUAACAUGGUGAGAUAGAAUAAAUGUCCUACUCCACCCUGAAUCAAUGGUAUUUGAUUGCAGGACUAAUCAAGGACAAUAAUUUUAAAUUUUAGACAAACUUCAUCCCUUUUGUUGUUGUCCAAAUUCCGCACAUGAUACAGAACUGUGCGGAGCGAACGACAGCUGGUCCGAAACAAUUACAAAAUCAAUCGUGUAUGUUGGAAGACAAAAUAAAAUUUAGAUGGAAUCGAUUGAUGAUGACGUUAAGUAUGAUAUUGCGAUCAUUAUCCCAGUGUACAACGCAAGCAGUUGGCUUCCAGAUUGUUUACGUUCGAUCGCAUGUCAGAUCAAGAACAAACUUAAGGUUGAGCUCAGUGUUUACAAUGAUGGGUCCACAGAUGACAGCUUAUAUGUAAUAGAAAAAUGGAAACCAGUUCUAGAAGCAGAGGGCUUCAAAGUUUUAAUUAGUGGUCAUAGUGGACCACCUAAAGGAGUUGGCUUUGCCAAAAAUCAAAGUGUCCAGCAAAGCUCAGGAAAAUACCUUUGUUUCCAAGAUAGUGAUGAUGAAAUGAAACCAGAAAGGUUGACUCUACAGUAUAAUGCCAGCUUGCAACAUCCUGAUGCAAUAAUAGGUAGUAAAUUUGAACGAGAUCCACCUGAUUCUACUUUAAGAUACACUUACUGGGCUAAUAGCCUCACUCCAGAGCAACUUAAUCAACAAGUACUCACAUCUCAUGGACCAACUGUCAUCAUGCCUACAUGGUUUUGUUCCAGGAACUUAUUUAACAGAGUUGGUGGAUUCGACGAGAAAGGCAAGGGAACACCGGAAGAUUUAAUCUUCUUUUACCGUCAUUUGGAUUUGAACGGCAAGAUAUUCAGAGUCGAUGAAGUGCUACUUGUCUACCGCUAUCAUCCGUUACAAACAACCUUCUCGAUUGAUGAAAAAGCUAUCUGGGACCUGCGUUUGAAGCGACUAGUAAAAUGCUUUUUGGAAAAAUGGGAUAACUUUACUAUUUGGAAUGCCGGGAAACAAGGACGUCGAUUAUACCGCUGUCUACUUGAGGAAUACCGAUCACGAGUUACUAGUUUCUGUGACGUUGACGUGAAAAAAAUUAAGCAAGGCAAUUACAUUUACGAGGAUUCCAAUUUACGCCCGAAACCAAGAGUACCAAUUGUUCAUUUCACCACUGCCAAACCACCUUUCGUGGUUUGCGUUAAGUUGGACUUAACGAAAGGAGAAUUCGAAAAAAAUCUGCAUUCACUCAAUCUGAUUGAAAAUGUUGACUAUGUCAUGUUUAGCUAGGGGAAAAUUAAACGAGGUUCGAUCAUC